CCCGUCGAAAUCCGCACAGUCGAGGCUCGAACGGAGCUGAGGAAGAAGCCGAGUGUGUUGCACGCCGUGUCCCCUCUCACAAGACGCGCGUCCAUUCCAGAACAGAAUACGAAUAUAAAUUUUUUUUUACGAUGUCAAUCCUCGGGUUCGCCGUACUAGCCGUUGUGUUGAUCAGCGAAAAGACUAACGGUUUCUUAAUGAUGGACGGGAUCAUCAGGCCGGCGAUAAUAUCGUAUUCGUUAGUGGAGGACGAGGAAAAAGUGAAAAUCGAGAGGCGUGAAAAUGGAAGAUUCGGCGAGAGUUACAUCGGCUCCUUUUACGGAAAUCUUCAACAUAUAAACGGCACGGAACAAGACGACACCGGCUGCGAGCUUCCCUGGUUCGAGGACCGUCCUCCGGCAAAACCGUGGGUCGCGCUCGUCAGGAAAGGAGCAUGUCCCUAUCAAAAACAAAUCGAACUUGCCGCACAGCACGAAGCCAGUGGUAUUAUCAUUUACGAUGACAAGAACUCGACACAUCUUCCAAAAGUCAACAUCAUCAAGAAAAACGAAGGGGAAACACAGUCGUCGAACUGGAGCAAGCUAUUUCUUCGUACAUCUCCUCAAGGUAAAUCCCAUCAUACUGAACUCGGACAACGAGAUGAAAAUGAGUGGUUAGAAAAAGAAGAAGGGGAAAUGAAGGAUACAAUUAAAGCAGUUUUUACAUACAGAUGGAAAGGCGAAGAACUGAUCAACUUAAUGAAAAAUGGCUCCAAAAUUAAGGUGUAUGUCUCAGCAGGGAAAUGGAGAGUCGAUGACACUGAAAGAUUUGAAAAAUUGAAGACAAUAUUUAGAUUGUGCCUUUUGUACUUUCAAAAAGCAGACCCUCUAAAGCCUGUAAAAGGUGCUCCAGCCGAUUCCUCACGAGGUUUACUGAAUGCGAGUACAUUGAUUUCUUAUGACACUCAAAGGAAUAGAUCGUUAUUGUGCAUCUGUAUUUCUUUUAUUGUCUUGAUGGGGGCUACACUUAUCGGUGUAGUUGUAUACUAUGUUAAGAGAUCGCGUCUCAUGCAGUCUAAAGACAAUCUUUCUAGGAGAAUGAUGAGUGCCGCUCACACCGCUCUUUCAAAAAUCCCAACAAAAAGAAUAAAGCCAGAAGAUUUGGAAAAUUCACAAGAUGAUAUCGAUGACUGCGUUAUAUGCUUUGAUUCGUUUAAAAUUCAUGAAAUGAUAAGGAUUCUACCAUGCAGGCAUGAAUAUCAUAAGUCAUGUAUAGAUCCUUGGCUGUUAGAGCACAGAACAUGUCCAAUGUGCAAAAUGGAUAUCCUGAGAUUCUAUGGGUUUGUGUUCACAGGCAGCAUUGAAUGUAUACUGCAGAUAGAAGCUGAUGACAUAAAUAGCGAAUCAGACCAUGAAACCAUGGAUAGUCCAAUGGCUUAUGUAAGAGCAGCGCAUUUAGAGAUGGUACCUGAAUUACCUGAAAAUGAAUCGCCUGAAAUUAUAGAAGUGGACAUACCUAUUUCACCUAGCCUGGAUGAAGAUGACAAUGAAGUAGAUACAGAAGAGAGGAACCGAGAAAUGGAAUUCACCAGACGUCCUUGGCUAGAAUUGGGAAUGCUAGAAGAACCUAUCCUGCACUAAAUCAUUUCUAUAGAAAAACUUUUGACACAUGGAGAACAAUCUGAAGAAACAACUUCAACAAGUCCAUUUUCAACUUCAGCAUCUCCAGAAGUGAUAUCUAACACAACAGAGUCAAUACUUACCAAACAAGCUGAUAAUGAACAAACGGAGUAAAGAAAACAGACUAUUAUUGAAAUGUAAAAUUGUCAUUAAAUAUAUAUAUUUUGUAUUUUUGCGAUGAAAACACAAAUUGCCAUAAUGAAUGAUAUUUGUAUUUUUGAAAAAAAAACCUGAUAUAAAAUGAAAUUAGCAAAUUGUUAACUAAAUUUUAUGCCUAAGCAUGUCUUAAUUGUGAAUACUUCUGCAAUAUGUGCCAAAUGUAUUUAACAUGUCUAAUUCGCUCUUAUUGAACCAUUCUGUUUAUGUAUUUUAUUUAUUGUCAGUUUGCAAAAGUGUUGUACUCUUGACAUGUUACAUGUUAACGCGAUCAUACUCAAAGGUUGUUUGAAUAUGCAGUGUAAGGCUAGUGGUGAAUUGGUACUAGUCACUUUUAUUAUGAUAAUGCUUACUAAAUUAGUAAUGCACAAUUUUUUUUUAAAGAUUAAUUUAUGGUAAAAAGAAAUAUUGUUCCGGUUGUUUUCAAUGAGUUCAGAACAAUAUAAAUUUUAGCUUAAGAAAAGAAAGUACUUAGUGUAUACUCUUGAGUUCAGAUGGUUUCUUAUAAGAGCCUUUAAAUAUACAUUCAAUAUAAUUUGGAGGCUUCAUAUCAAUGAUUAAAAUCAUAUACUUUACUAUCAUAUUUCAACAGACCAUAAAAAAUACAGAUAAAUGUUAAUUUUUAUUAAAUCCAUUAUAUUUUGUGGUCCGAUUGACCAAAUAACUUCUUUCAAUUAAUUAAUCUUUAUGU